AUGAGUAACUCACUCGUACUCUCUUUUUCAAGUAAACUCAAAUCAAUCACAGACAUUUUAUCAUCUUAAUUUAGAGCAAAGAUGAGAAGAAAGAAUGAAGAGAUGAAGAAAGCUAUUCAAAGAGGAUUAAAAGAUUUAGCCGAUCACUCUUAAAAAGAUUUGCUGGCUGAUUUGCUUGAAACAUACUAUAUGGAACAUGUCAAGAAGACAAAUGAAGUUGAUGAUUACUUUUAUGAGCAGCUUAUUUUUGCAUUCGAACAUGGUGAUAAUGCAAGGAUGGAGAAUUUAUUUGAAAGAGUCAUCGAAUUUACAAGAAACUAAAACAAAGAAUUGAGUAGGCUUCUAGCUCUUAGAUAUCAAUAGCAGUAGAAAUAUGCCUUAGCCUAUGGAUACAGUGGUGAAUUAGAUCUAUUCAUUGCGAGAACUUAAUUAGAUCUAAUUGUAAGAUGCGAGAACUUUGAUGGAGCUAGAAAAAUAAAGAAGCAUUUUGCUAGGGAAUAAACCCCUCUUCUGAAUUACACAGAUAUGCUUUAAGAGCUUAUACAAAUAGGGGACUUCGCUCUAUUUAAGGAAACAAAGGAUAAGUAUGAUUCAUAGAUAGACAGAGAUCCUACGUUCCUAAAUGGACUCAUGAAGUUGUUAAAUGGAUUCUUUGGUGGAAAUUGA